GAGGCCAUGGGUUUAGGGUGAAAGGUGAAAUGUUAAGGGGACAUGAGGGGAAACUUCUUCCACUGACGGUCAUCCGGGUGUGGAAUGAGCAGAAAACCCAGCUGGUCCAUGCGAGCUCAGUUUCAACUUCUAAGAGGGUUGUAUAGGCACCUGGAGGGCAGGGGUACAGGAACAGACAGUUUAAGUAAUUCAACACAAACUAGAUGGGCCAAAGGGCCUGAUUCUGUGUUGUGCUUUUCUAUGAUUGUGACAAGAACCUGAAAUAAUAUGAUUAUUCAUUUAAUAACUUUUAACAGCUGUGCGGACCAACUAUUCAUCUGGGCAGGAAACGUUUGCAUGGCUUCAAAACUGUGGCACUUCACAUUGACAAUAGAUAAAAGAAAAUCCCAGCUGCACGUCAACAAAGGGUAUUUGUUAAAAACAACAAGGAAAUUAUCUACGGGGAGGUCAAACACAACACGCUGUUUUGUUGUCUAUGUCCAGAUAUUUAAGAAGUGGAACAAGGGAUUCACUCGAUCAUCAUUCCUACUCAGGCUGUGGGGAGUGAUUCACUCGAUCAUUAUUCCUAUUCAGACUGGGGGAGAGUUUCACUCGAUCGUUAUUCCUAUUCAGGCUGUGGGGAGUGAUUCACUCAAUCAUUAUUCCUAUUCAGACUGUGGGAGAGAUUCAUCGAUCAUCUGACCGACUGACAUGCAGUCAAUUUACACGGGGGGAAUCCAUUUAUCUGCUCAGUCAUCCACCCUAAUGGCUCACCAGCGAGUUCACACCGGGGUGCGGCCAUUCACCUGCUCAGACUGUGGGAAGGGAUUCACGUUGUCAGCUCACCUACUGAGUCAUCAGUCAGUUCACACGGGUGAGAGGCCAUUCACCUGCUCUGACUGUGGGAAAGGAUUCUCUUUGUCAUCUAAUCUUAAGCUACAUCAGCGAGUUCACUCUGGGGAGAGGCCGUUCACCUGCUCAGACUGUGGGAAGGGAUUGGCGUUGUCUUCCCACCUACUGAGACAUCAGUUAGCACACACUGGUGAGAGGCUGUUCACCUGCUCAGAAUGUGGGAAAAGAUUCACUUCGUCAUCUCAACUUAAGGUACAUCAGCGAGUUCACACUGGGGAGAGGCCGUUCACCUGCUCAGACUGUGGAAAAGGAUUCACUCAGUCAUCCCACCUACAAGCACAUCAGCGAGUUCACACUGGGGAGAGGUCGUUCACCUGCUCAGAGUGUGGGAAGGGAUUCGCGUUGUCAUCUCACCUACUGAGACAUCAAUUAGUACACACUGGUGAGAGGCCGUUCACCUGCUCAGACUGUGGGAAAAGAUUCACUUUAUCAUCUCAACUUAAGGUACAUCAGCGAGUUCACACUGGUGAGAGGCCGUUCACCUGCUCGGACUGUGGAAAAGGAUUCACUCAGUCAUCCCACCUAGAAGCACAUCAGCGAGUUCACACUGGGGAGAGGCCAUUCACCUGCUUAGACUGUGGGAAGGCAUUCACACAGUUUGCUACCCUACAAGCACACUGGUCAGUUCACACUGGGGAGAGGCCGUUCACCUGCUCAGACUGUGGGAAAGGAUUCACUUCGUCAUAUAAGCUUAAGGUACAUCAGCGAGUUCACACUGGGGAGAAGCCAUUCUCCUGCUUAGACUGUGGGAAGGGAUUUGCGUUGUCAUCUCACCUACUGAGACAUCAGUUAGUACACACUGGUGAGAGGCCGUUCACCUGCUCAGACUGUGGGAAAGGAUUCACUUCAUCAUAUAAACGUAAGGUACAUCAGCGAGUUCACAUGGGGGAGAGGCCAUUCACCUGCUCAGACUGUGGGAAAAGAUUCACUUCGUCAUCUCAACUGGAGAUUCAUCAGCAAGUUCACACUGGGGAGAGGCCGUUCACCUGCUCAGACUGUGGGAAAGGAUUCACUCAGUCAUCCCACCUACAAGCACAUCAGCGAGUUCACACUGGGGAGAGGCCAUUCACCUGCUCAGACUGUGGGAAAGGAUUCACUCAGUCAUCCCACCUACAAGCACAUCAGCGAGUUCACACUGGGGAGAGGCCAUUCACCUGCUCGGACUGUGGGAAAGGAUUCACUCAGUCAUCCCACCUGCGAGCACAUCAGCGAGUUCACACUGGGGAGAGGCCAUUCACCUGCUUAGACUGUGGGAAGGGAUUCACUCAGUCAUCCCACCUACAAGCACAUCAGCGAGUUCACACUGGAGAGAGGCCGUUCACCUGCUCAGAAUGUGGGAAAAGAUUCACUUUGUCAUCUCAACUUAAGGUACAUCAGCGAGUUCACACUGGGGAGAGGCCAUUCACCUGCUCAGACUAUGGAAAAGGAUUCACUCAGUCAUCCCACCUGCGAGCACACUACUCAGUUCACACCGGGGAGACUCCAGACACCUGCUCGGACUUUGGGAAGAGAUUCUCUCAGUCAAAUCAACCAAAUGUGCAUCAUUGAGUUCACACUGGAGAGACCGUUCACUGGAUGUGUGUCAAUCACCGUUGCUGAAUGCAAUUUCGAGAGUGACUGUCGGUGCUGAACUCUGCAAUUAUUGCUGUUGCUCACCACACCCAGUUCUGCAUCCUGGUCAAUGGGCAUGGGAGGAGUUUCUUCUGCUGCACAUUCACCUUUAAUAGGACUGGAGUUUAAUA